AGCGAGAGAGAGACUCAUCCUCGUGCUUCUUCCUUUGCCACGGUUCUUCGUGUUGAAACCAUCGUGUGUGCCUUCCAUUGUGUGCCUGCAUUCUACUUUUCUAGGUGGCUGCGCCCUGAAGGGCUCACCGGCACUGGACGGGAAAUCUGGAGGCUUAAUUGUGACCUCCAUCUUUCAUCUCCCGCCAGGGGUUUAACACUUCUUUCCAGACACGUCACAGGGUGCUUUUAUUUUUCGCAAUGGGCGAACCUCAGCAAGUCAGUGCUCUUCCUCCACCUCCAAUGCAGUACAUCAAGGAAUAUACUGAUGAAAAUAUUCGGAAGGGUUUAGCUCCUAAACCCCCACCCCCUGUGAAAGACAGUUAUAUGAUGUUUGGCAACCAGUUCCAGUGUGAUGAUCUCAUUAUCCGGCCUUUGGAGAGUCAGGGCAUCGAACGAUUGCACCCGAUGCAGUUUGAUCACAAGAAAGAACUAAGGAAACUCAACAUGUCCAUUCUAAUUAACUUCUUAGACCUCUUGGAUAUUUUGAUAAGGAGCCCGGGAAGUAUAAAAAGGGAGGAAAAACUGGAAGAUCUCAAGCUGCUUUUUGUCCAUGUGCAUCAUCUUAUAAAUGAAUACCGACCCCACCAAGCAAGGGAAACCCUGAGAGUUAUGAUGGAGGUGCAGAAACGACAGCGCCUUGAGACGGCCGAGAGAUUUCAGAAACACUUGGAACGAGUUAUAGAAAUGAUCCAGAACUGCCUCGCAUCCUUACCUGAUGAUCUGCCCCAUUCUGAGGGAGGACUAAAGUUAAAAACUGAAGCAAUGGAUGCCGAUGACGGCAACAGCUGUAUUGGACAGAAUGAGCACCAGAGAGAGAUUUCUGGUUACAGGAAAGAUCAGAUUAUAGAGAAAGAUGCUGCUCUGUGCAUCCUAAUUGAUGAAAUGAAUGAGAGACCUUGAAAGGCUUUCUGUUUGUAAUUGCGUCAACAUUUUAUGGGGCAAAAUGAAACAAGAUUGUAAAUUGGAAAGUCUUGCAGAUUUGUUUUUCUUUGCAGGAGAGUGGAGAGGUUUAGACUUCAUGAAACUCUUAUGUAUAUAGGGACUAAAUCUGAAAGUUUUAUUUUUUCUAGUGAAAAUUAACUUUCUUACAACUGACUGAAAUAGCUAAGAAAUUUUGCUCGGUUGUUUGGGCUGAAAUACAUAUAAUUUUUACAAAGUCUAACCUCUAGUAAACCAAAUAAACCCUGGUCAAUUUGUCCCUUAUUUUCUUAAUUGCUACUUUUUUUUAUUGAUCAUAAAUAAGAAUCUCUAGAGAGAAUCCCUUUGGGGUUAUAGGUAUUUGUAAUUACUAAUUUCAGUUAAAUCUCUGUAAAUAAUAAAAUAAUUCGCUUAAA